AGUCCAAAAGACGUUUAGGCUUCGUCACCGUUUCAGUUAGUCCGCGUUGCUACUGCUAACGGCAACCACACAACCACUAUCGCCAUAUAAAUUUAACAAAAAUAAUAAACUUCCAAUAGAUAAGAUUAGAUCCCCAAUUGAUUUUGUUUCUUGUUUUUUUUUGAGCCAAAGCCAAAGCUACACAAUCAAACUAAUAUCAGUUAGUUGUAAAUCAUUGAUUUGUAUUGAUUGGUUUUUUUUUUUAACCUUUUUGAAGUUCGGAUAUUGCGAGUUCUUUUAUGUUUUUCGUCCUCUCUCGUUCAAAACAGUUUGAUUUUGAAAAGUUUAACAAUUCCUUGUAAUUUUGUUAAAUCCUGUGAAGCUUGUGAUCUUGAGAGUGUCUUGAGAUCAUUGUAGAAUAUUUUCGUCCGUUUAAAUCCGGGAAACAUAGAAAAGAAAACACGGGCUUUCCAUUUCUAGUGUUUGUCAUAAAAUUCAGUGUCAGAUAGAGAGAGAGAGAAAGAUAUUGAGUGAAAAUCUUUGGAAAUUAAGAAAGCCCGCCGUCACUCGCUCUUCGAUCAAUUUAAUUAAUAAGCGUUCCACAGCUGCUUUUCAUGGUGAUUGUAACCGGUUUUUUUAAUUCGUCUUUUUUUACUCUGUUCUGUUGUUUUGACUUACGUAGUCAAUUUAAUCAUUUGACAGGUUGAUUCGUUGAUUCUCGGUGGUAUUCGAUAUUGUGUCAAGACCCCUUAAAAACGUGCACUUUAUUAAUAUUAUUUUUGUUGAUUAUUAAUUAAUGAUCAUUUUAAUCCGAUAAAUGUGAUUUUUUUUUUUCAUUCUGUUUUGUUGUUUUUAUCUUAAAUUGUGGUCAAAAAAUUCUUUGGAAGAGAAUUUCAUUUUGUUAUUUAAAAAAGUGUCCAAGUGAAUAUUUUGUUAAGUUAAAUCAAAUAAAUUAAUAAAUCUUAUACAAUUUUAUAUGUACAUACAUUUAUUGUUGGAUUUGAUUGAAAGAUUGCCCCCAAUGAAAAUAAUGAGCACUCGGGUUACCAAUUGAGUGAUGUCAUUGACGUUCUCAAGAUGAUGCAACAAAGUGAAGCUAUUAACGGAACAAUGGGCGGUCCAGGAGUGCAAAAUAUUGAUCCGACACAAGCUUCAACGUCCAACUUUAAUGGCAACGGUAUGAUACACCCGCAGUUGCAGCAACAGCAACAACAGCCCCAACAACCACAACAACAACAACAGCAGCAACAACAACAACAGCAAUCCACCCAACAACAACAACAACAGUCAAAUGCUAAAAAGAUUCGACGAAAUGCUCAAGUCAUUAUUACAGAACAACCAGCUUGGAAAUCGUUACGGUUUCGUUACGAAUGCGAAGGACGAUCGGCUGGCUCGAUACCAGGCAUCAAUAGUACGCCGGAAAAUAAGACAUUUCCGACAAUUGAAAUUGUUGGUUAUAAAGGACGAGCGGUUGUAGUAGUGUCAUGUGUAACGAAGGAUCCACCAUAUAGACCACAUCCUCAUAAUUUAGUUGGUAAAGAAGGCUGUAAAAAGGGAGUUUGCACACUGGAAAUCAAUAGCGAAACCAUGAGAGCAGUAUUUAGUAAUUUAGGAAUACAAUGUGUUAAGAAAAGAGAUAUCGAAGCAGCUCUGGUAGCACGUGAAGAUAUUCGAGUAGAUCCCUUUAAAACUGGAUUCUCACAUAAAAAUCAACCAUCAAGCAUAGAUUUAAAUUCAGUUCGUUUAUGUUUUCAAGUGUUUCUUGAAAGUGAUGUAAAAGGUCGUUUCACUGUACCACUCUUACCUGUUGUUUCCGAUCCAAUUUUCGACAAGAAGGCAAUGUCAGAUUUGGUAAUCUGCCGUCUUUGCAGUUGUUCGAGUACAGUUGAGGGUGGCAAAGAAAUUAUACUUCUUUGUGAGAAAGUUACCAAAGAAGAUAUUUCGGUGCGUUUCUAUGAGGAACAAGAUGGCAAUUUAGUGUGGGAAGGUUUUGGUGAUUUUCAACAUACGGAUGUUCAUAAACAAACAGCUAUUACUUUUAAAACACCACGCUAUAGAACGCUAAAAACAAACGAAAUAGCUAAGGUCUUCAUUCAACUGCGACGACCAUCGGACGGUGCUGUCAGUGAACCUCUACCAUUUGACUUUCUUCCUUUAGAAUCAGAUCCUGCUGAAAUUAAACGUAAACGUCAAAAAACAGGGGGAGAUCCAGUACAACAUUUAAAACAACAAUUACACAAUCAGCAACCAAUUGAGCAACUUGAUGGUAGAGCGCAACAAAUGCAUUUUCUCAAUGUUAUGCCAAAUCCAGCUAUCAAAACGGAACCAAGAGACACAUCACCACUACCCUAUUCAAUGUUCAACAAUGCAUACAGGAUGCCUGACCAAACACCAUCACCCCAGCCAGUGUCCCCUCCAAAUCCAUACAAUCACAACACAAGUGGCACUCCAUCACCCUACCACAUGGGUGCCGGCAAUGGCAAUGUCAAUAUGAUGUCACCCAAUCAUCAUUACUAUGGUCCUCCUCCAACGGGGGCACCCGGGAUGGUCAAUGGUUCACCAAUCGACUUCGAUGUCUACCACCAGCAACAACAACAACAACUCCAGCAGCAGCAGCAACAACAGCAACAGCAUGCCGGUGGUGCACUGAACCAAUAUAACCACAUGUACAGUCCAACUUCGCAACCAGCCCAACAAUGGCAAGGUGGUCCUUCGCACUUUAAGCAACCCAUGCCGAAUAAUAUCAAUAAUCUCAUCAAUUUCAAUCUGAAUAAUCCGCUAACAAAGACGGCUGUGCCGUCUGCUGCAGCAGCAGCCUCAGCUCAGGUCAACACCAACAACAAUGGCCAACCCUGGAAUGUUCCACCGCCGAUGUCAAUACCCAACAAUAACUAUAAUAUCGAUCAAAUGCUGGCUAAUACGCAGCACAAUCAGCAUCACCAACAGCAACCGGCACUCCAAAAUCAUCACAAUGACGUUGUCACUGCUGGACAGGGAGUAGCUGGUGUAGCGGUUGCUACAUCUGCCUCAACAAACAAUAAUGAUGCACCCAGCAUCAGCAGUCUUCUCAAUAUCGAUAGUGAACAGUUGAUGGAAUUUAACUCGGCGGAACUUACGAAUUUGUCCAUAUCGUAACAGAAAUGAAUAAUGAAUGGUUUUGAGUAGAGAUUCUAUAUAGAACAUAUUGAUUGCCAAGGAUAUUAAUUUAUUCUCGCUAAAGGAACAUUUUUUUCCAAAAACUUUAACUCCACAUAAAUUGCUUUGUUGAGCUUCUCUUAUAAAUAUAGAAAUAAUUUAGAGCUUAAAAAAAAAAUAAAUAAUAAAUAAUUUUUUUUAAUUUAAACAAUCUUCAAGGAAGUGCAUAAUCUAUACAUGUUUU